UUUUCUAGAAACUUCACGAGUUUAGUGCAUUUGCGCCGACUAGCCUGUUCUGAAGCAUUAAAUUCCGGGUCUGCUUUAGUUUUGAGCAAGUAUUGGUCUGAGAAAGUGACAUUUUUAUCUCGCCGGCAUUCAAAUUCUUGAUCGAAAUCACUUCUGGCUUGAUUCGCGCACUCACUCUUUGCAAACACAACAAUGGUUCAAAGUAAAGACCAGAGCCAGUUGGCAACUCCUCCUAUGGUUACAUGGGCACAGAGACAAGGUGUGGUGUUCCUCACAAUCUGCCUUGAAGACUGCAGUGACCCUGAAGUUAAGAUAGAGCCCAAUUCAGUUCACUUCAAAGGUGUGGGGGGCACGGAAAAGAAACCACACGAAGUCACCAUUAACCUUUUCAAAGAAGUAGAUCCAGAGAAAUCAGCAUCUUUCCCUAGAGGCAGAAACAUCGAGAUUGUAUUGAAGAAGAAACAAGAUGGUCCCUACUGGCCGCAGCUGACCAAGGAGAAACAGAAAUUCCACUGGCUCAAAGUGGAUUUCAACAAAUGGAAAGAUGAGGAUGACAGCGACGAGGAAGGGGCUGGACAAAACCAAGACCUUGAUGAUAUCAUGAGACAGAUAGGCGGACUUGGUGGUGGUCAGGGUGGUGAAAUGGAUAAGCCCAGCUUUGACGACCUGGACGCUGAAGAAGAUUCGGACGAUGAAGGCAUGCCCGACUUGGAGGCAACCGAAUAAAUUGUGACCCAUUGUACCAUCAUACCAUGUGCCGAGAGCAAUAUAUUUAUUGAAAUGGACACGGUGGCAAGAGAAUAUUCGCGAGUGCUGGUCCGCAACGUUGCUACACAUUGAAAAUAUCUGUCCUUCUAUCAUUUCUGUUUUGUUCAUCCAACUUGUACACUCCACGUAAAAUUAAUUUUAAACAACGAUCCCCUCAGCCAGAAGAGCGUGCGUGUUUUUUUUAAGCUCCGUUGAUUUUUAGCUGCUGCUCUCGAAAUUCGGAUUAUUUUCCUAUCGGCUGAUUCAAUUUGAGGAUUUUGUAGUGAUUACAAACUUUGCUGUGCACAACCCAUGGCAGAAUCUUGAUGAAUAAAUUUGAUGAAACUUGGUAAAUGAUA